CUUAACAAUCUGGCUUGGGUGCUGCAACAGCAAGGAAAGUACGAUGAAUCUGAGACGAUGCAUCGCCAUGUACUGGAGGGACUCGAGAGGCUUCUCGGACCAGACCAUCCCGACACCCUAACAAGCCUCAACAACCUAGCUGCUGCGCUGCCACUCCAAGGAAAGUACGAGGAAUCAGAGACGAUGCAUCGGCGUGCACUCAAGGGAUGCGAGAAGGUUCUCAGGCCGGACCACCCCGACACCCUUAGAAGCCUAGAGAACCUAGCUCUUGUGCUAGGAUCGCAAGGAAGGUACGAUGAAUCAGAG